UUCAUCGGGCUCAUUUAGGUGACGUCACCACAUGGGCUGCCGUAGUAAUUUGACAGCUGAACAACAAAUGCUCUUAAAAUGAACUCAUUAGUCUCAUAAACACUUCGAGUUCGACUUUUUGUCCAUGUUAGCAUGAAGUUAAACUGUCCUCUAGCGUGCUACACCUAAACGGCCAGUCUCCUUUGCGGACUAGAGGCUGUUUUACAGACAUCACCAUGUCGUUCCUGGUGGACUCGAUCAUCAUGUUCACCUCGCAGGUGCUGUUCUUUGGAUUCGGCUGGUUGUUCUUUAUGCGGCAGCUGUUCAAAGAUUAUGAGGUGCGGCAGUAUAUUGUCCAGGUGGUUUUCUCCAUCACUUUUGCUUUUUCAUGUACCAUGUUUGAGCUCAUCAUCUUUGAGAUCCUGGGUGCUCUGAGUAGCAACUCGAGGUAUUUCCACUGGAAGCUGAAUCUGUAUGUGAUUCUGCUGGUCUUGAUAUUUGUGGUGCCUUUCUACAUCGGAUACUUUGUUGUCAGCAACAUACGCCUGUUGCAGAGACAGAAACUUCUGUUUGCUUGUAUGGUGUGGUUUACCUUCAUGUAUUUCUUCUGGAAGUUGGGCGACCCGUUCCCCAUCCUGAGUCCGAAACAUGGCAUCCUGUCCAUCGAGCAGCUCAUCAGUCGUGUCGGUGUGAUCGGAGUCACCCUCAUGGCUUUGUUGUCUGGUUUCGGUGCUGUCAACUGUCCCUACACAUACAUGUCCUAUUUCCUUAGGAAUGUAACCGACAGCGACAUCCUUGCUCUGGAGAGGCGGCUGCUCCAGACUAUGGACAUGAUUGUCAGCAAGAAGAAACGAAUUGCCAUGACACGAAGGCAGAUGUACCAGCGUGGGGAGGACCAGAACAAACAGACAGGAUUGUGGGGCAUGAUCAAGAGUGUUACCUCUACACAAACAGGCAGUGAAAAUCUGUCUCUUAUCCAGCAGGAGGUUGAUGCUCUAGAGGAGCUUAGUCGGCAACUCUUUCUCGAGACGGUGGAACUGCAAGCCACUAAGGAGCGAAUCGAGUACUCGAAGACAUUCCAGGGCAAAUACUUCAAUUUCCUCGGCUACUUCUUUUCCAUCUAUUGUGUUUGGAAGAUCUUCAUGGCCACAAUAAACAUUGUGUUUGAUCGAGUUGGAAAGACGGAUCCAGUGACGAGGGGUAUUGAAAUCACAGUGAACUACUUGGGCAUCCAGUUUGAUGUAAAGUUUUGGUCCCAACACAUCUCUUUCAUCUUGGUUGGGAUAAUAAUCGUUACAUCCAUUCGUGGCUUACUCAUCACCCUCACUAAGUUCUUCUAUGCAAUAUCAAGCAACAAGUCCUCUAAUGUCAUCGUGCUUGUCCUUGCGCAGAUCAUGGGGAUGUAUUUUGUCUCCUCUGUAUUGCUGAUGCGUAUGAGCAUGCCGCUGGAGUAUCGCUCCAUCGUGACCGAGGUUCUGGGAGAGCUGCAGUUCAACUUCUACCACCGUUGGUUCGACGUCAUCUUCCUGGUCAGCGCCUUGUCCAGCAUCCUCUUCCUUUAUCUUGCCCACAAGCAGGCACCAGAGAAACAAAUGGCCCUCUGAUCCCCCUGCAUUUCUCCCCCCCCUGGAUUUGACUACUAGCCCGUGGGUGACUCUGAAUGUGGAAUUUGUCCACAAAUCUGUUUUUUAAAUGUUUUAUUAUCUCGACUGCUUUUUCCUGAAUCAGGAAUGGCUUAUUGUUGGAGGAAAUAAUUUUGAGUGAACUUUAUUGAUUUAAAAUAUUUGCAAAAAAUACUUUCAUGUUUCCAAUUUAAUUGUACUUGCAAAUGUAAACAAACACAUUUCGGCCAAACAAAUUUAUUUCCUUAAUUUUGGCUUAACACACUGGAGUUGUACUUAAAACAUAUGAAGAUGUUAUUCAUUAUCUCCAGCCGGAAGCAAAAUUAAAAUGUCUAAUUGUGAAUAAAAACAAAUACUCAUGUGAGCACAAUUCAGA